AUGGCUGCUUUCCAGACCUCCAUCACGAUGUUUGUCGCCCAUAUCUUUUUGCUAUUGGGUCUGCCGGCUGCCCUCGUCGGGGCUGUCCCAGUGACUGUGCCCGUGACUCCUGUCAACAACGUCUUGCAAACUUCUCAAAAAACCUCCGCCGCCUCCACCUACUGGGUGGCCAAUGUCGAGCGUCAGGGUGUUGUGCCUUUCGCCAAGAACAGCGACUAUAAGAUUUUCCGCAAUGUUAAGGAUUACGGUGCCACUGGUGACGGCUCUACUGAUGACACUGCCGCUAUCAACAAGGCCAUCUCCUCCGGUGGCCGUUGCGGCAAGGGCUGUGAUUCAUCUACUACUACACCCGCUAUUGUCUACUUCCCACCUGGUACCUAUGUGGUGUCUAAGCCUAUCCAGCAAUAUUACUAUACUCAGAUUGUCGGUGACGCCGCUGUGCUCCCUAUCAUCAAGGCCUCCGCCAAGUUCGCUGGUAUGGCCGUGAUCGAUUCUGACCCCUAUGAGGAUGAUGGUUCCAACUGGUUCACCAACCAAAACAACUUCUUCCGCGCCAUCCGAAACUUGGUCAUUGAUCUUACUAGCGUUCCUCAGGGCGCUGGUGCUGGUAUUCACUGGCAGGUCGGCCAGGCCACCUCCCUCCAGAACAUCCGCUUCGAGAUGGUCAAGGGUGGCGGUGAUGCCAACAAGCAGCAGGGUAUCUUCAUGGACAACGGUUCUGGUGGUUUCAUGUCCGAUUUGACAUUCAACGGUGGUAACUACGGCAUGUUCCUUGGUAACCAGCAGUUCACCACCCGUAACUUGACUUUCAACGGCUGCCAGACUGGUAUCUUCAUGAACUGGAACUGGGCUUGGACUUUCAAGUCGGUUAACAUCAACAACUGCGAGGUUGGCCUGAACAUGUCUACUUCUCCUUCCAACCAAACUGUCGGCUCUGUUCUCAUGCUGGACAGCAAGCUUACCAACACCCCCAUUGGUAUCGUCACUGCCUGGACUCAGAAGAGUAUCCCCGUUGGUGGUGGAGACCUCAUUUUGGACAAUGUUGACUUCUCCGGCUCUAAGACCGCUGUUGCCGGUGUUGAUGGCCACAGCAUCCUUGCCGGUGGCGCUGUCGUUGAGAGCUGGAUCCAGGGUAACACUUACACUCCCUCCAAGACCCUUAACAAGCGUGCCACUGAGGCCGAGCCCGAGUUGAUCACUGUCGUUGAGACUGUCAUGGAGACUGUCCUCGCCUGCCCUGCUUCCCAUGGUGUUGCCAGCGCUACCGUGUUGGCCAGCAACAGCCCUGCGCCCGCUCGCGCCAUGUCCAGUGACAGCGCUGCUGCACCCUCCCCCAUGCCAGUUGUCAGCGGCAGCCGUGUCGUUGCACUUCCCUCCUCUAGUGGCUCAUCUGAUCGUACUGCUGGACUCCCUGACAUCCCUGGCUUGAACGGUGUCUUGUCUCUUCUUGGAGGAGGAUCUUCCGAGUCCACCGAGGCCGCCCAGCCCACCUCUGCCCUUGCUCCUUCCAGCGCUCCUUCCAGCGAGGUUCCUGUCACUUCCGCCGCUGUCCCUGCUCAGUCCACUGGAUCUAGCACUACCAACGGCGCACAGACCGGCAGUGACAGCACCGGCGGUGGCUCGUGUGGUCCCCACCACCCUGUUGUCUCCGCACGUUCCCAGUCAGACCGCAACGCCUCGAAGAAGCCCGCUAGCCUCCUCGCCAAGGGUGCGGUCUUCGAACGCUCCAAGCCUUUGUACACCGAUGUCGAUGCCUCCAACUUCGUCAGCGUCAAGUCCGCUGGUGCCAAGGGUGAUGGUACAACUGACGACACCGCCGCCAUCCAGAAGAUCUUUGACAGCUGGAAGGAUGGUCAGGUCGUCUACUUCGACCACGGUGCCUACGUUAUCACAUCUACCAUCAAGGUCCCUAAGGACAUUCGCAUCACUGGUGAAAUCUGGCCCAUGCUCAUGGCUCACGGCCCCAAGUUCGCCGACCAGGAGAACCCCGUUCCCGUCUUCCAAGUUGGUCAGAAGGGUGACUCUGGAAAUGUCGAGAUGAGCGAUCUCAUCAUUACCACCAAGGGUGCCGCUGCCGGUGCCAUCCUCAUGGAAUGGAACGUCGCCGGUGCCUCCCAAGGCUCUGCCGGUAUGUGGGAUGUCCACUUCCGCAUUGGUGGUGCCGCCGGUACCGAGCUCCAGAGCGAUACCUGCCCCAAGACCCCCAAGACCAAGACCACCCCCAAGAAGGAGUGCAUGGCCGCUUUCAUGCUGCUGCACAUCACUUCCAAGGGAAGCGCUUACCUCGAGAACACAUGGUUCUGGACCGCCGACCACGAGCUCGAUCUCAAGGACCACAACCAGAUUAACGUCUACACUGGUCGUGGUGUCCUCAUCGAAUCCCAGAACCCCGUCUGGCUGUGGGGUACUUCCUCCGAGCACCACCAGCUCUACAACUACCAGGUCUCCAGCGCCAAGAACGUCUUCAUGGGCCUCAUCCAGUCCGAGACCCCUUACUACCAGUCCAACCCCACAGCCCUGGUCCCCUACACCCCCCAGGACUCCUGGAACGACCCCGACUUCGCAAACUGCAAGACCGCUUCCUGCCGCAAGGCCUGGGGUCUCCGUGUCCUCAAGUCCUCAGACGUCUACGUCUACGGCGCAGGCCUCUACAGCUUCUUCGAGAACUACGCCCAGUCAUGUCUCAACUCAGAGGACUGUCAGGAGAACAUGGUCGAAGUCGACUGCUCUGACGUCAAGCUCUUCGGUCUCAGCACAAAGGCCUCAGUCAACAUGGUCACUUCCGCUCAAGGAAAGGGCCUUGUCCCCCAGAAGCCAAACAAGAGUAACUUCUGCUCUACCAUUGCUCUCUUUGAGCAGUCUUAG